CCAUACUACCAUCAAUGAUCAUGGCAAUCAAUUUAAUUGCAAACCGUUUGAGAACUUCUGUGCUAGGAAUCACAUCACCUGCAGCAUGGCUUCGAUUGCGUUCCCCCAGGCCAAUGUGCAAGUCGAGUCGUAAACAAGCUGAUCUUGCGAGGACUGAAUAGAAUGUUGAUGGAAUCCCAAGGAGGGUGGACCGCAGAGCUGCCAUAUGUACUUUGGGCACAUCACAAAAAUUACAAAAGGGAAAUGGGAGAAACUCUGUUUGCUCUAACAUAUGGCUCUGAAGCGGUCGCACCAGUGGAGAUGGCCCUCCCAUCCCUCAGGGUCCAAACUUACGACCCAGAGGAAAACCACAGAAAGCUUCUCCACCAGAUGGACAUGAUAGAGACACGACGAGACACAACACUAGUCCGAACCAUCAAGGAAAAGUCGAAGGUGGUAAUAGCGUACAACAGCAUGGUGAAGCCUAGACCGCUGGAGGAAGGUUACAUGAUUCCGAAAAGAAACUUUGAGCAUAAGGAAGGGCAUGGUAAAAUAGCCACCAUAUGGGAAGACCAUUCCUCGUAGGUGAGAAGUUUUUUUUUUAUAUAAGGGUGAUAGAAAAUGCAUAACUGAGAAAACGAACAAAUUACAGACGAACAAUGGUUCAAAAGGGCUGAACAUAACCCCAACCCAACACACAACAAGAAAGCAUGCAACUAAGUGGGCCGAACCACUCCUGAAGAAAGAGACAAAAAAAACUGACAGAAACCUACAAUUAAAACAAAAGGAGGACACAACCAAAUCCUUCAACCACAAAUGAGACCACAAGAAUCAAAGAACAGACAAACAGAGAGAAACCACAAACCACCAAGCGAGGAGUUCCCAACUGUACAUCAACAAGGGCAGAAGAAUAGAUAAGAGCAAAACAG